AUGCCAUUCAUUGGCUCUAUUGCCCUAUCAAGUGAUAAAAAUCUCGAUGAGGUCAUUCUGUCUGACAAGUCUUCAUUCUUCGUAAACAUCAUAUUAAAAUCGAAUAGUUCUGAAUCGUCUUCAAUUAGAAUACCAGUUUCCAGAGGUUCAGCAUUCAUAACCGGUGUAUAUAAUCAAACUAAACCAGUCAUUAGAAGUCAAAUAGCCUUUGAAGAUAUUACUAAAGACCUAAUAGUUCACUGUAAUGAUGGUAGUAAAUGGGUACUGUAUGCAUGGCCCCCAAUUCAAUGGGUUAAAACUGAUAUGCAUACACUCAACCCAGUUAACGUAGAUAAUACUUGGUCUGGAGUCAUACAGAUCGCUAAGUUGCCAUCCGAUAGUAAUCUAGAUCAAUCAAAAAUGCUAUACGAUCGAUUCUGUGGCUCUUGGUCUGAAGGUCUCACUCUAGACACUGAUUUUAGAAAUGAUGGUUUAGGUUGUUAUACCUUUAGGCAUAAGCAAUACAAUGCUGCUAAACCGACAUUAUUUCAUCUUUUGCCUCAUCAGUUAAACAGUGUAAUAGCAGAUGAUGGUAUUAAACACGAGAAACUGUCACUGUAUACCCCAUCAAAUGGUUCAACUACAGUGUUGUCUUCGAUUACCGGCGAGUAUUUGUUCGCUUAUCCAUUACCUCAGCUUAGCUUGUUACCUGGAGCGACGAAUUUAGAUUCUAACGAAAAGGAAUGGCUUAGAGCUCAAAUUAAUCAAGAGUUAUCCAAAGAUUGGUUGACAGAUAUUGCAAAAGAAGCCAGUAUAUACUUCUCUGGUAAAUUGGUUGGUAGGAUUGCAAAUACUCUUUUGAUAGCAAAUUAUACACUUGAGGAUUUCCAGCUCACUAAAAUUGCAACAAAACUUCUAACCGAAUGCCUAGAUUUAAUUUUGGGAGAUCAACGUCCUCAUCCAUUGAUAUAUGAUACGACAAUAGGAGGAGUCAUUUCAUCUGCGGCACAUGUCACCAACGACCCAAUAGCAGAUUUCGGUUCCUCUUUUUAUAAUGAUAUUCAUUUUCACGCGGCAUAUCCAGUUUAUGCAGGUGCUGUCUUACUAUCGUUGGAUGCUUUAUCCCACGAUUUAAAAGAGAAGAUAUUAGACAUGAUUAAUUCAGUCAAUUCUACAGAAACCACUCAACGAUUUUGUGCUUACAGAGCGUUUGAUUGGUAUGUAGGACAUUCUUGGGCGAGAGGUUACCUUCCAAGCGCAGAUGGAAAAGAUGAGGAGAGUACAACAGAAGCAGCUCAUUUCUAUUACUCUGCGGCAUUGUUUUCUGAUUAUGUGGGUGCCUCAAAGCAAAGUUAUACUUCACGUUUACAAUUAUCUCUAAUGCAAGAGUCGACGAAAUGCUACAGACUGCUGGAUGAUAGCAACGAAGUGAUGCCUUUUCACUGGCGUGGUAAUAGGGUUGGUAUGUGUUUCGAGAAUAAACGCGAUCACGGUACUUGGUUUUCACCGAAUAUAGAAUGUAUACACGGGAUACAUAUGCUACCACUCUCACCACUUACAUCGUUUAUUAGAAGCCCCGAAUUCAUUUCACAAGAGUUUGAAUCACAUUUAAGAUCGAUUUUUCCAACGAACACUGGUUGGGAUGCCAUCAUAUUAACCAAUUGGGCAUUCUCUGAUAACCAGAGAGCUGUGAAAUACGCUAAGGAAUGGAUAGAAACAGCUCCAGAUUCUAGUUUUGAUCCAGGUUUAUCAAGAAGUUGGGCCUGGUUGUUGGCUGUUAGCAAUAUUAAAUAA